AUGAGGUCAAAGAGGUGUCGAGCUCCACAAGAGAAGAUCACUCUCAAGGUCACGAACCUAGAGGACGAAGGUAAAGAUGUCUACGAGAUUGGUGUUCAUGUACAUCUUGAGAGACUAAUGCUUGAUUACUGCCAAAGGAGAAACUUAGAUUACACCACUCUCAGUUUCAUCUUUAACGGUACCUUCAUCAGGCCACUACAGACUCCCGCUCAGCUCAUGAUGGAAAAUGACGACAUCAUCGACACGGUGAUUAAGGCGAACGAUGAUCUAACUCCCGAGCAUUAUCAGUUUUUUCUUGGAUCAGCUUCUCCGUGGUCUGAAGAUUAUGUAGCUACUCGGUGGUAUCGUGCCCCUGAACUUUGUGGAUCGUUUUUCUCCAAAAUAAGAAAUGAAAAGGCGAGGAGAUACCUUAGCAGCAUGAGGAAAAAGCAGCCGGUUCCUUUCUCUCAUAAGUUCCCAAAAGCUGAUCCUUUGGCUCUACGCCUUCUUGAACGCUUGCUUGCGUUUGAUCCUAAAGAUCGUGCUUCAGCUGAAGAUGCACUCUCUGACCAUACUUCAGUGAUAUUGGAGCAUCAUCCUCAGAUGUUGGAGGAAUACAAGCGAGGUGGUGAUCAGCUUAGCUUCAUGUACCCUAGUGGGGUUGACAGGUUUAAGAGGCAGUUUGCUUAUCUUGAAGAAAAUCAAGGUAAACCAGAAGGUAAACCAGGAGCAGGAAGAAGUACUGCACUUCAUAGACAUCAUGCUUCCUUGCCAAGAGAGAGAGUUCCUGCUCCGAAAGGUGAAACUGCACAAGGAAGUAGUGAUGUUGAGAGUAGAGCAGCAGCUGCUGUGGCUUCAACCUUUGAAUAA